AUGUACAUUAAUUCACUUGAGACGCGAAUUCAAGCAAAUGGAAAAUUUCCAGUUCCAUUGAAAGGCGAAUCCUACUUUCACCACCAUCAACCAGUAAAAUUUCACGCGAAAAUCGAAGGAACUCCUCUAAUAAUAACCUCAGAGGCUGGUGAAAUAUUUCUUACGGAUAAACGAAUCAUAUUCAUUACAAGAAAGCCUUCUCCGAUUAAUGACUUUGAAAAUUUUCAAAUAAUGUUGGAAGACAUCACUUCAUCCAUAUUAUUUCCUUCCAAGAAGGAUACUUUUUCUGUGAACGUUACAUUGAGAAGUGGUAUUGAGAUUAUAAUGUCAUUUUCUUAUGAGAAAGACCAUUUGGAAGAUAAAAAAAUUUUUGAGGCUUAUUAUGGGAUGUUGGUAGCUCAGGCAAGUCAAGGGGAUCAAAGUAAUGAUGAUGAUAAGGAUCCUUUGUUACAAUCCUCCGCUAUAUUUGAGCAUUUGAUUCUUAAAUCAAACAGAGAGUCGAUUCUUGAGUCUGAUACGCGUCAAGAAUUUCGAUAG